GCUCACCGCGGCCAGGAAGAGUGGAGCGAGUCCAUCCACGAGACCUGACUUUACGCUCCCUCGGCGGCCAACAGUGAUGACGUCGCCGAGAGCACGCCCUCCCUUUGAAGACCCAUUUCUGAUCUGCUCCAGAGCAUGAGAAUCUUAUGGAAGCCAUUCGGAUUCUCAAGAAGACUUCUGCAAGGAGCACGGUGUCACCCCAGUGAAUCAGUGUCUCUGUCUGCGUUGACAAGGAGGACGUUGGUACCGAGGCUUAGGAAAGCACCUAGCACAUUUUGGUUGGGUCAAAGACAAGGAUUCUCAGCCAUGCCAGAAAUAGAAGCAAGUGUGAGAGAUACUGAACUAUUUUCCCCGCCCUCUGAGGUGCGAGGAAUGACAGAACUUGAUAGAACAGCUUUUAAAAAGAUGGUGUCCAUCCCAGUGCUCAAAGUGAGAAAAGAAGUAGUCAACAGGUUGAUGCGAGCCCUCAAGAGGGUGGCUCUGCAGCGCCCGGGCAUAAAGCGUGUCGUUGAAGACCCUGACGAUGGAGAUUCUAGACUCAUCAUGUUGGAUCCCUUCAAAAUGCUGACCGUUGAUUCCUUUGAGAAAGCAGAACUCGGUGUUUUAGAAGAACUUGCUGUCAACCCACAGCUGUCCGAAUACAAUUUGGAGCUAACUUACGAGAAUUUUAAAUCAGAGGAAAUUUUGAGAGCUGUGCUUCCCGAGGGUCAAGACGUGACCUCGGGGUUCAGCAGGGUUGGACACAUUGCACACCUGAAUCUCCGAGAUCAUCAGCUCCCGUUCAAGCAUUUGAUUGGUCAAGUUAUGAUUGACAAAAACCCAGGAAUCACCUCUGCAGUAAAUAAAACCAGCAAUAUUGACAAUACAUACAGAAAUUUCCAAAUGGAGGUGUUGUCUGGAGAGGAGAAUAUGCUGACCAAGGUUCGAGAAAACAACUACACGUACGAGUUUGAUUUCUCCAAAGUCUAUUGGAACCCUCGUCUUUCUACAGAACACGGCCGGAUCACUGAACUUCUCAAUCCUGGAGAUGUCUUGUUUGAUGUUUUUGCUGGGGUUGGGCCCUUUGCCAUUCCAGCAGCAAGGAAAAACUGCACCGUAUUUGCCAAUGAUCUCAAUCCUGAGUCUCACAAAUGGCUAUUGCACAACUGUAAACUAAACAAAGUUGACCAAAAAGUGAAAGUCUUUAACAUGGAUGGAAAAGACUUUCUCCAGGGACCAGUCAGAGAAGAAUUGAUGCUUCGGCUUGGACCGUCAGCCGAAGCCAAACCCUCUGUCCACAUCGUCAUGAACUUGCCCGCAAAGGCCAUAGAGUUUCUCAGUGUUUUCAAGUCCCUUCUAGAUGGGCAGCCGUGCAGCAGUGAGCGCCUCCCCACAGUGCACUGUUACUGUUUCUCCAAAGAUGCCAAUCCUGCUAAGGAUGUUUGUCAGCAAGCUGGAGCUGUGUUAGGCAUUUCCUUGGAGGCGAGGAGUUCAGUUCACCUUGUGAGAAAUGUGGCCCCUAACAAGGAAAUGCUGUGCAUCACCUUCCAGCUUCCUGCCGCUACACUCUACGGGAACCGGGCCCUGAGUCUAGAGAAUUCCGAAGAGCCAUCUCUUAAACGGCAGAGGACAGAGGAUUCCUUCUCAGAACCACAAAUUACAUCAGAUUCUUAGCUUGAAAACUUUUCUACAUCUCCCCAGUAAAUUUUUUGUGAAGAAGUACAAUUUGUAUGAUUUUGUAAACUUUAAAUAUUGGGUAUUUGUUAUUGAACCCUUAUGUUUUGCUCUUACAAAGGGAACAUUACCAAAGUAAAAUUUAACCCAAAUAAGCUGAACUUGUAUAAUAGACUGUUCUGUUGUUGGAAUUUCAGGCACGCACCACCAUUAUCCAGUAUAGUUUUCAAAUAGAAUUGGUAUGGGCCAGUAAGAUGGCUCAGAAGGUAAAGGAAGUUGCUGCCAAGCCUGGGAACCUGAGUUUGAUCCCUGGAACCAACAUAUGAAAGGAGAGACUCCUGAAAGUUUCCCUUUGACCUCACGCAUGCAUCGAGGCACUCGCGCGUGCACGCAUAUGCAAAAUAAAUGAACUCAUUAGUCUAAAUCAUGUAACAAUUUUAAUCCAAGUUAUUUUUAUUAAAUAAAUGCACUUUCAGUAGCGUC